AUGUCGCAAGCAUAUGUCCAACACUGCAUGCAUGUGGGUAUCCCUUGGGUGGAACCAGCGUUGGAGGCCCGGGAUGCUGAUGCAUGUUCUCCGCUCGCCUUGAAACCUUUGCUGUCACCAGCCCCCACCUUGCUGUAUAUGGCGGAACCUGUGCAAACAUAUGUGAGCAAUGAUGGGAAAGAGACCAGUGUUGAAACACCAGCUCUUGUACCAAAUAUGGUAGAGGAGACCUCUGAACCACCAGCUCUUGUACCAAAGACCGGAGAGGAGACCCACCCUGAACCACCAGCUCAUGUACCAGAGACUGUUGAGACUAAUGCUGAGCUACCAGCUCAUGUACCAGAGACCAAGGAGGCUGCACCUCCUCCAGUGACCGAACCACUCAGCGCCAGCACCGGUGCUAUGAAGGACACCCCAUCAAGUCGUACUGGGGCCUACCUCAAAUCUGUUGGAAAUUCGCGCCGGACAAGUGCAGAGACUAUUCAAGCUGCUUUGCUUGCGAUGAAGCCUGGGGCUUGCGGGCAGGAUGAACUCAUGGCAGAGUUGCUGAAUCUGCACCGAGCAGUUCACGCACAGCAUCAGCAGCCCAAUGAAGCUACCAAAGAUACUAGUGAGAAGGUACCUGCUGCUGAACCGGCUUUGGUUUUGGCACCAGCACCGUCCAUUGCAGAAGCUGCAACCAUUCCUGCAGACACUGGACUUCUGCCCCCUCAGUCUCCAGCUAUGUUGACUGGGUACCCUGCUGCUGAAGGAAGUGGCGAAGAAAGACUUGGGUGGGGUGUGACCUUGCAUGUUGAUUUGCCCCCAGCUGAUACCAAACCUCCAGCUGCUGCACCUGCAGCGGUGAAAGCUGUGCCUUCCAUGCCUGAACCAACUCCCAAGGCUGCACCACCUCCUGUGGUGGCCCCCUCUCCAGUUGAACCCGUGGCGCCCGCAGCGGUGAAAGCUGAGAAAACCAUGCCCGACCCAAUUCCCAAAGCUGCACCACCUCCUGUGGUGGACCCCUCUCCAGUUGAAGCUAUGGAGCCCACCGCAGCCACACCCCCAGCCGAAAUUGCAGUGCCCUUCGCAGAUGCGGUGGUGCCUACGACUGCGCCAGAUGUGCAGGCCCAACUGGACGCUUUGAGGGUUGGAUUGAAGCCUGGCCAAAUGGACAAGCUUGAUCAUAAGAUCCGAAGGCAUGUCAUGAGUGUCCAGUCGGAGGACUUGUUGCAAGCGUGGAAGGACAAGGACCAACGUCAGAAGCUGAAGGCGACCUGGCUUGAGACGGGCUCUCUUGAUGAGGUGGACGCGUGCGCUACACAGCUACGUUCCCUUGCGGUGAAACAAAAGAACGUGGAAAAGCCUGUUACUAAAAAAAUGCUUGCUGAAGUGUACCAUUGGGAUGAGUGUUUUGGUUGCAUACAGGAUGUAAGCACAUGCAUGCAAUGUUGGUGGCAAUGUUGUUUGGCCAUGAAGAACUACCAUAUCACAUGUGCGCACGCGGAUGAAAUCCUAGGACCAUGA